AUUUCAGCUAUACCCCAGUUGGAAUCUUUAAGGUCCGGUUUCUGAGUCUACAAAUUUUCCUGCAGUGCGAGGCAAAACAUAUUUAGUGAGAGAAUUGUCCAAACGUAAGGUCAUGGUUGAGUUUUUGAUCUAGCUCCUUCCGCAAAGCUUGACCUUAACCAGAGCUCAAGUGGCUUUGUUUAUGAAAGUCAAAAGGGUUCUAGGCUUGUAUUCUGGUUCUUCUAAUUGGAUCGAGCUUCAUUAACUAAAUCAUUUGAUGCUCUUCGCUGAAAAAACCAUUAGAAAGGAUUCCCAAGUGCUAGGAAGUUCCUCUCUUGACUAGUAAUCUUUUGUUUUGUUGAAGAAAAUAAAAGAAAGAGGGCUGUAGCAGAAACAGGUAACAAAUGAGAAGAAGAUGAAUGUUGGAAGAUUGUGGAAUUGAGAGGGUGAAAAACGUAUUUUUCCAUAUAUCUAACUAAUUGCUUUACAUGUGCUUUUAUAUCCAAAUUUUUGGAAUCUAAUUCUAGUUACCAACUGACUGUAGUUACUAAUUGACUAUAGUUACAAAUACAUUGAUUAGCUAACUUUCUAACUGACUAAGAUACAUCUUAACACAGCCCUCAAGCACAACCUAGAGAGACAAUAAGGUUGAACUUGGUUAGCAGAUGCUGAAACUUGGGGAUAGACAAAUGCUUAGUGAACAAGUCAACCACUUGUUCUACAGCAGGAACAUAAGAUACCAUUAGCUUUUGAGCUAGCGCUUGCUCAUGAACAUGAUGCACAUCCACUUCAAUAUUUGAGGACACUGCACUUUCAUCAUGUCACACAGUGAUGUGAAAAUGCUCCACUAGUGCUUAUGGCUCAUUCAGGGGCAUCCAAAUUCAUGGCUUCACAUGCUAUUCGCGGUUUGGACAAGGAGAACCACUGUUGCCGAAAGUGCUCGGAGACUUUCGUGAAGGAGUUUUGAGUAAGAUUCUUAUUUUGGCGGUUCGCUCCCUAGGAGUGCGAGACAAUGUUGAAGGUUUGUCAUCUAGCGCGUAGGCCACGAUUUAUAAUUUAUAAUUUAUAAUAAUAUUGUCGUGUUUGUUGAGCCUCACGUGGGAAACCAGCUCAUGUCAAUUUUGGUGGUGGGUGUAAAUCCAUAUUUAAAAAGAUGCUAUCGACUAUAAUUAUUAAUUAAUAUUUAGAUGGCUUUCCUUCUUUAAAAUCGUGCCCUAGCACCAUUUUUCAGAUGGGAGCAAAGCCAUGGCAGCCUCGUCAUUUCUUUCUGUAUUCACAAGAAGGCUAGAGGGCAAGGUGGCACUCAUAACCGGAGGGGCCAGCGGCAUCGGCAAAUGCACUGCUGAAACCUUCACCCAACACGGAGCCAAAGUGGUCAUUGCUGACAUCCAAGACGAACUGGGUCACUCCGUGAUUGAAGCUCUAGGCCAAACCAAUGCAUCAUACGUCCACUGUGAUGUCACUGAUGAAUCCCAAAUCAAAGCUGCCGUUGACAAGACUGCAGCAACCCACGGAAAGCUGGACAUCAUGUUCAACAAUGCGGGAAUAGUUAACAACUACAAGCCCCGCAUUAUGGAUAACGAGAAGGCAGACUUUGAGCGUGUCCUUAGCAUCAACGUCACCGGUGUUUUCCUGGGCAUGAAGCACGCUGCCAGGGUCAUGGUUCCGGCAAAAAGUGGGAGCAUAAUCUCAACCGCCAGUGUAAGCUCGAAUGUAGGGGCUGCGGCUACACAUGCUUACUGCUGCUCUAAGCAUGCUGUAUUAGGGCUCACCAGAAAUGCUGCAAUCGAGCUUGGACAAUUUGGAAUUAGGGUUAAUUGCUUAUCACCCUAUGCACUUGCAACGCCUUUAGCUACCAAUUUUCUUAAUCUUACUGCUGAAGAGCUGGAGACUGCCAUGAAUGCGACCGCCAACCUUAAGGGCGUGACACUUAAGGCACAAGAUGUGGCCAACGCUGCGCUUUAUUUAGCGAGUGAUGAGUCCAGAUAUGUGAGUGGGCACAACCUUUUCAUAGAUGGGGGUUUCACUGUCGCUAAUCCCUCAUUCCACCUGUUCCAGUAUCCAGACUCUUGAUCAUCCUCAGUCGUCCCUAGUUCGCUGCGCCCAGUAUCUUCGUCGUCUCUCAUGCUUUUUAAAAUUUAUUUGACCUUUUCACGUAUAAAAUUUCCGUUCGUACCUGCCCCAUGGGCCCAUGUCAUUGGCAGUAGAACUAGGCAAGAGUUUAGCUGUAUGACUGCGUAAAACGAAGUCGAAGGGAUAUUCAAGCUGGCCUUACAUCAUGUGGUUGGAAUAAUGGAUUGUAUCUUUCAUAUCA